CCUUCUCUCAUCACUGGAGCCACUUCUAUACCUGGACAUUAAAACACAUCUAGACGCAACACUAAAUGAUCACUAUGUGCAAAGGACUAGCUUCACUGUCCACCUGCUGCUUGGAAAGGGCGAAGGAGCUGAGAGCGAGACUGGGGAGUUUUCUGCAAAAACCCGAUUGGAAUUUAACCUGCUGCAAAAUCGGCAAGCACAAGCCAACUUUGGAAGAAUGCCUGCGAUGGAAAGAGUCUUUUGAGAAGCUGCUGUCUUGUAAAUAUGGACUGUGUGCGUUCACUGCGUUCCUGGUCUCGGAAUUCAGUGAGGAGAACAUAGCAUUUUACUUCGCCUGUGAGGAGUACCGCAACACCAAGGUCCUGAGCAAACUGCCCUCCAAGGCCCAGAAGAUCUACGAGGAGUUCAUCUGCGCCGAUGCUCCCAGAGAGAUCAAUAUCGACCACGAAACCCGUGACAUCACCAGAGCCAACAUGGCCACCCCAUCUCUCUCCUGCUUUGACUCGGCGCAGCACAAAAUCUACCUGCUCAUGGCGAAAGACUGCUACCCCCGUUUCCUCCGCUCCCCGGCCUUCAAGGACCUCCUCCGCCAGGCCAAACCCCCCAAGAACCAGAGGACCGAGAAGAAGGCGUGAGCUGCCCCCUGUUGACCAUGAUAUGAAAUUACCUUCAACAAAACCAGCUGCCUUUUGAAAGACAUAAGGCAUGGUAAAUAAGCUAGUUGCGUCAUGAAGCUGGCUGAAUGGCUGUAUGCUAACCUGGUGACGCAGAUUAGGCAGCGCAGGAUUGGUCUGAGUUUUGAGGUGGAUCUUUGGGAAGUUUUGGAGAUGUUGGAUAUGUGCAGUGAAGAUAAGACGGCUGGCGAACAGAUAGAACGUGGAGAGGAGAUUUUAACUGACAAUCAAUUGUAAAAAAAACUUGAGACUUAAAAGCACUUUUUGUUGCCGUUUUUGGGCAAACUUGUCGAUGUUGUGAUGUGCAAUUUCCCUUUUUGUGAACAGACUACUGAAAUUUCUAUUUAUUAUUACUAUUUAUUUGAUAUUAAUGUAUUGUUGGUUGUAUUUUUUACAAAAGAUUACCCGUGCAAUAUUUGAUCUAAUGAUAUUACAAUGUUAUUUAUACG